AUGUCGGCGGUAGAACCCUCACUAGUUAAACAGAAGCUACUUCACAUAGCAGCAAGUGGAGCAUUUGCCAAAUUCACCCCAGAACAACUCCACCACACCACGAGACAACUCACGGACUACUUACUCCACAACGAAACCAAGCUCGAUUCAAUUGAACUUUUCCAACUAUUCGAGCUAGAAUUCUACUUGUCAAUCCUAACUCACCAUGACAUAGAGGCCAAGAACAUCUUGGAUAGGUUGCGCGAUCAGUUCGGGUCGGAUGCCACGUCGCAGCGCAUCCGGCUACUUCAAUCGAUAUACUAUGAAUCGCAAGGCCAACUCAAGCACGCGGGCGAUAUCCUCAGUGCCGACCCUGACGAGCUCAAGUUAUCGCGUCGCUUGACUACAUUUGCCAGGUACGACUCUACCCCUGAAAAAUACAUCAACAACUUGAAUUUUUACUUGAAUUUGCAACCAGCGGACAUCUUGAGCUGGUGCGAGUUGAGCCACCAGUAUGCGCAAUUGGGCAUCUAUGACCGCGCGCUAUAUUGCUUGAAGCGCGUGGUGGUGUUGCAACCGACGGCGUAUAACAUUUUCUACAAGAUUGGCUUGAUGAAUUACUACUUGUUCUUGCAGGCUGAAAGAGAGUUGAAGGAGAAUGAACAACAGCGCAAGGAUAAGGUGAUUGAGUUGAUGCUGAUUUUGAUUGACGCGAGGGAUAACUAUAUGUAUUCGUUGGAGAUUAAUGACCAGUAUGACAAGUCGUGGGUCGGGUUAUGGAGUCUCGUUCAGCCUCGCUUUGCAUUCAAUUUGAAGUCAAGAAAGAUUAGUGAGAGCAGUAAAGCUAUAAAGCACUACUUGCAACAGGUGGAUGUGUUGAGACCUAUUGUCAAGCUGAAGAUCACCGAGUUGGGCAUAGAAUCGGAGUAG